AUGCCGCGCUCCCCGCGCCGCCACGUCUCGGUGUUCCCCUCGCCGCAGGAGCUGGGCUCGGCCCUGGCGCAGCUCGUGGCGCAGCGCGCGGCCGCCGCCACCGCCGCCGCUACCGGCCGCUUCUCGCUGGGGCUCUCGGGCGGCAGCCUCGUGCGGAUCCUGUCCCGGGAGCUGCCGGCCGCCGCCGCCGCCGCCGCGCCCGCCCGCUGGCUCGUGGCCUUCUGCGACGAGCGCCUCGUGCCCGCCGCGCACCCCGAGAGCACGAGCGGCGCCUACCGGGCGGAGCUGCUGCCGCGGCUGCCGCUGCCCGAGAGCGGCCUGCUCUGCGCUGACACCGGCCUCCCCGCGCCCGCCGCCGCCGCCGCCUACGCCGCCAAGCUCCGACAGGCUUUUCCGGACGAGCCCGUCCCCGUGUUCGACCUGCUCAUCCUGGGCGUGGGGCCGGACGGUCACACCUGCUCCCUCUUCCCCGACCACCCGCUCUUGCAGGAGAAAGAGAAAAUUGUGGCUGCUAUUACCGAUUCUCCGAAGCCACCACCGGAACGGAUCACCUUAACCCUGCCGGUGCUCAACGCGGCGCGGGCUGUGGUGUUCGUCGCGACGGGCGAGGGCAAAGCCGCCGUUUUAAAGCGCAUUUUGGAGGGCGACGAGGAGAAGGCCCUGCCCGCUGCCCUCGUUCAGCCCCACAGCGGGCAGCUCUACUGGUUCCUGGAUGAGCCGGCAGCCAAGGACCUGACCGGCCCCUUUGAGAAACACUCCAUCUUAUAGCACCCCACAUUCGGCCCGAUUCCGCGGUAGGAACCGGGCACGGGACCAGUUGGGUGGCAUUCCAGAGCCAGGACUCCACGGUUGGUUGUAGCACUUGGGGGUGGCCCAAAAAGCACAUUCCCCUUUCCUGCUUUUUAACCUUUCUUUCUUUUCUUUGAGCAAACGGUACUUUGCGGAGCGCUGUGUAACGAUGGCGCUGCGGGAACGCUUGGAGGUGCCCACGGUGCCGGUGUCACCCGGGCUCUUUGUGAGCGCUCGCUGUGGUGGCGGGCAUUAAACAGCAUUAAAGAUCCCCGUGACGCUUA